GUGAUGUGUUUAUAUUGACAUUUUCACAAUGGUAAUCAAGGUUUUCUAUAAAUGUUUCACCACGUCACCCGGAAGUAAGAUAACAGGUUAUCUGAAUAAUCCCAAUGUAUUCGCAACUGAUUUUCAUAAGCAGUAAUACAUAUUUGGAUAAUUAUAUUAGGAAUUAAUCGAAAGAAGGAAAGACAGGGAAAGAAUGGCGAAAAUUACGAAUAUUUGUUGUCUUGGAGCUGGAUAUGUUGGUGGGCCUACAUGUAGUGUAAUUGCCUUGAAAUGUCCAGAGGUGAAGGUGACAGUAGCUGACCUGAGUAAAGAAAGGAUAGCACAAUGGAAUUCUGACAAAUUACCAAUUUAUGAGCCUGGAUUGGAUAAGGUGGUCAAAACUUGUAGAGGAAGAAACUUAUUCUUCUCUACUGACAUAACAAAAGCCAUUUUGGAAGCCGAACUUAUAUUUAUAUCAGUGAAUACCCCCACCAAGAUAGUGGGCAAUGGAAAAGGUCGUGCCGCAGAUCUGAAAUAUGUCGAGGGUGCAGCAAGAUUAAUAGCAAACACAGCACAAAAUGAUAAGAUAGUUGUAGAAAAAAGUACUGUACCAGUUAAAGCAGCAGAAAGUAUUGCCAAUAUUUUGAAAGCAAAUCAGAAACCAGGCGUUUCAUAUCAAGUUUUAUCCAACCCAGAAUUUUUAGCUGAAGGAACUGCUAUUGAUGACCUUCUGAAUGCUGACAGAGUCUUGAUUGGUGGAGAAGAAAGUUCUGAAGGUAGAAAAGCAAUUGAAGCUUUAUGUAGCAUUUAUGACCAUUGGAUUCCCAGAGAAAAUAUAAUCACAACAAAUACCUGGUCAUCUGAGCUAUCCAAACUUGCUGCCAAUGCAUUUUUGGCCCAACGUAUAUCAAGUAUAAAUUCACUCUCAGCAGUGUGUGAAGCAACAGGAGCAGAUGUAUCUGAGGUGGCAAGAGCAGUUGGUUUAGAUUCAAGAAUAGGAUCGAAAUUUCUGCAGGCAUCUGUCGGUUUUGGAGGAAGCUGUUUCCAGAAAGAUAUAUUGAACCUAGUUUACAUUUGUGAAUGUCUGAACCUACUAGAAGUUGCAGCAUAUUGGCAGCAAGUUAUUGAUAUGAAUGAAUAUCAGAAGAGUAGAUUUUCAAUUAAAAUUGUAGAAGCAUUGUUCAAUACCGUCAGUGGAAAAAAUAUUUGCAUUUUGGGUUUUGCCUUCAAGAAAAACACAGGAGAUACUAGAGAAAGUCCAUCUAUCUUCAUUGCUAACACUUUAAUUCAGGAAGGAGGUUCAAUAAGGAUAUAUGACCCCAAGGUGGAAGAAGAUCAGAUUUUUGAAGAUCUCACUCAUCCCUCAAUAACACACUCUCCAGAGUUGGUAAGAAAGAAUGUGACUGUUUAUCAAGAUGCCUACAGUGCCUGUGAAGGUUGCCAUGCCAUAGUUGUUUGCACAGAGUGGGAUGAAUUCACAAACCUGGAUUAUGAUCAAAUAUAUCAGAAAAUGAUGAAACCAGCAUACAUUUUUGAUGGAAGAAAAAUUCUGAAUCACCAGCAGCUUAUGAGUAUAGGUUUCCAUGUACAAACCAUUGGAAAAAGAAUAUGAACAGAAAAGCACAGGACACUUGCCAUAUUUCAUUAAGUAGUUAUUCAGACCUUGCUAGAUAUCAGUAUUGAAGUAUUAAAAAGGACUUGGCCUUCCUACUCACCAUUUAUCAGACUGAUGCAGAACCAAUCAGAAUCAAUGAAAUAGAUCUGAAGAAUAUUGAUUCAUUCCCAAAAAUAUUAGAAUUGAAUUUCUGUAAGACUUUGUGAUUAUUUCAUUAUACCAAAAAUUCCAUAUAC